AUGUCGUCAAAUAAUGUCAAUGAAAUUGACGCCAAUCUUCCAUGGUCGUCUUCAACGUCGAUUGAAAGGAGCGAAGGAUCUUUAAAGUUGCCUUUUGUGCGUCCAUUAGAGUCUGAACGAAAGUUUAAAAGUCAUAUAAUUGAACAAAAGAUCAAUGAAAUCAAGAAUAAAAUGCAUGAUAAAGAUCUGGCCAGAAUAUUUGAAAAUUGCUUUCCAAACACUUUAGACACGACUAUCGGUUGGAUGGAUCAUUCGGAAAAACGGCCGAGGACAUUUAUUGUGACAGGCGAUAUUCCUGCAAUGUGGCUCCGAGAUUCCACGAAUCAAGUGUUUCCUUAUCUGCGAUUUGCAAAAAAUGAUCCAAAAUUAAAGAAAAUGUUGCUGGGCGUUAUUUACAUGCAGGCCGAUUGUAUCCUACAGCAUCCUUAUGCGAAUGCAUUUCAUCCACCACCCGGCUCAAUUCCAAGAUCUGACAAUCCUUGGUCACGAGUCGACUCAACUAUUCCGGAAACAUCAACAAAUAUAUGGGAAGCUAAAUGGGAAGUUGAUUCACUGGCCGCUUUCUUGAAGAUUUCGUAUAAUUAUUGGCUGUAUACCGACGAGAAACCUUACAUAAAUGAUGCAAACUGGAUAAAUGCUGUGAAUACUGUUCUCGGCACAAUAGAAGUACAACGAAAAGGAACGUUGGAAGAAUUUAAGCGGCCUGCUUAUACUUUUACGCGGGAGACGAGAACUUCCACCGAGACAUUGAUGUUGGACGGUAGAGGUGCACCGGUGAGACGGACAGGCCUUGUAAAGUCGCAAUUUCGGCCAUCAGACGAUGCUUCAGUUUUUCCGUUUUUCAUUCCGGGCAAUGCGAUGUUAUCAGUAGAACUAGCACACUUAUAUGAACUUUUAAUUGACACUGAACAUCACAUGCUAGCAAAAAAAGCAGCACUAAUAUCGCAAGAAAUACGAGAAGCAAUUCUUACACACGGAAUCGUAUCGCACUAUCAUUUCGGUCGUAUAUUGGCAUACGAAAUCGACGGUUACGGCUCAAUGCAUCUGAUGGACGACGCAAAUAUCCCGAGUUUAUUGAGUCUGCCAUACAUCGAGUUUAUACCAAAAGAACACGAACUCUAUAAGAGAACACGGAAUUUCGUGUUGAGCGAUUAUAACAAAUUUUUCUUUGCUUGUGAUAAACCUAAAGAAAAUGUUGGGCCUGUUGAGGGAGUUGGUGGUCCGCAUAUUGGGCUGGGAUUUAUUUGGCCGAUGAGCUUGUGUGUCAAGAUAAUAACGGCUACUGAUGAUAAAGAAAUCCUGGAUACUCUUGAACAGUUAAAGAAAACUACAGCUGACACUGGAUUAAUGCACGAAUCAUUUUGGUGGGAGAAGCCGUCCAUUUAUACUCGGUCAUGGUUUGCAUGGGCAAACAGCCUGUUUGGUGAGAUGAUUCUUCGCCUUGCCGAGGAAAAACCACACUUGAUUUUUUCGGAAAUUAAAAUUGAAAAGAAAUUGAUAGCAGCAAUUUAG